AGAGAAAACCAGCAGGCAUACAUUAGAGCAAGUCAGAGUGGGAGUGAAAGAGCACCAGACAGCAGGGUGGAGAGAGAGGGUGAGUGUAUGUGUGGCCAGAGAGAGAGAGAGAGAGAGAGAGAGAGAGAGGACAGCAAGGCAGAUAGAGAGCUCGAGGGAGACGAUAGGGUGGGAGUGAUAGAGUGCUAGAUAAUGGAGGUGCAGUCGGAGUGCGUGGAGCCUCCUGUGGCCCCUCAGUGUGACCCCCAGCCCACAGGGAAGAUCAACAAAGCUGCCUUCAAACUCUUCGGAAAGCGACGCACCGGCUCGGGAAUGGCCAGCUUCUUCUCCUUCAGGAACAAAGGGGCCACAAACAGGGGAAACAACAGGAAUUCUGACAAUGGGAAUUCUUUGAAUGGAAAUGGAUCGACAGCAUCGGUGGAGCUCGUUAGGAGCAAAACCCACGAUGGACUAACGAGCGACACUGAUGGACAGAGAGGGGAGGGGCUCGCCAGCCUGGAGGCCGGACCGGUGAGGUCUCUCAGCAAAUCGCUGAGCUUCUUCUCUCUACUCCGACGUGGGAGUUUCAGGUCGAGUGAAAAUGGGGGGGCGGGGCUCGUCAGAAGAGGGAGGGGCCUAAAGGGCUUUUUUAGCAGCAUGCGAUGGAGACGCAAGGAAAAAACAAACGAGGGAGAGGGGGAAGAGGUGGAAGGCAAUAAGGAGAAGGAUGGGGAUGGUGCCACCUCUGAAAAGCUAAAGGAUAUUACUCUCACCCUUGAACCUCCUCCGCAUCAUCACCAAGAGGAUUGUGGGAAUGAGGAGGCAGAACCUAACCGUCAAGCAACAGAGACUCCUAUUGCUAGUGUUACCAUGACACCCCCACACUGUGUUGCCAUGCCAGGGCCAUCUGUUGAGCCAGACUCCCCCUUUCCUUACACACCCACUGACUCGCCACUGCGCCCUCCCAUCCAAAAAGCCAAAGCCUCAAUUUCCAGCCUCACCCCCUCCCUCGCUACGCCCCCUUUGGAUCGUUGCAGCACGGGUGACCCGCCCUCAGAGCCUUCGGUGGAUAGACUCUGCUCUCUCCUCUUCACUGACGUCACGUCCCUCAAGAGCUUUGAUUCACUGACAGGCUGCGGUGACAUAAUUGCUGAUGCAGACGACGAGGGGCCGGCGGGUAAUGGGGGCAGUGGCACGAGCAGCAGCAGCAGCGGGGGAGGAGGGGGGAGUGUGGGAGCAGGUGUCGGGAGAACUGUUGGGAUCUCCAGCGCCACGUCCCGUUGCUCCCCAUCCAAACCCCCCCUGCCCACCCAGCUGACCCAGCCCAUGUUCUCUGUUUCCUCAAGCUCAGUGCCUGCCUCCCUCCCGGCCCGGGCUCGGGCGCCGCCUCCACCGCAGCAGCACCCAGCUGGCAGCGGCGUGGUAGCUUACAUGGGUGGAGGGGAAGAAAUGGCGAGUCCAGAGGGAGUGGACGACGCAGACAUGCAAGGGCUCUGGCACAUGCUGCCUUCCACGGGGGACAACUCUCCUGCUUUGCCCCGAUCACACCAACCUCCAUCCACCACCCCGACUUCCACUUAUCCCCCUCGCACCAACCCUUCUGGCAGCCACCUUCCCUUAGCCUCCAGGAGUUCAGACCGAAAGGUACCCCAGGUGAAAGCACUGGGGCUCAGUAAGAUUCCAGUAGUUGGUGCGGCAGGAAGUCGGGCAGCUAAACCCCCACUCCCUCAUGCUCAUGGUCGUCAUCCUACAUCACCUGGUGAGAAAGAGCUUCUCAGUGAUGAGGGAUACUGGGACACACCCUCAGCAACACCCACAGCGACACCUGAUGAGAGUGGGCUGCAGCGUAACCAGAAAAUGGCUCUGUCACGCGACAGCUGCUCUGGGGACCACCUGUAUGACCUUUACAACGACCCUGAAGAGGAAGGAGAUGAUGAAGAGCAGGAAGGAGAUGAAGACCUAAACAGUACCCCCUCUCCAUCUACUGAAUACAAACUGAGCCCCACAACUCCUCCCUCCUCCUCCUCCUCUUCCUCCUUCCGAUCAAUGAAAGGCAGCACCAGCCUUCCUCGGGAGUCCAAGAUCCCAGUGAGCACCAGACCAACCCCGCCUCCCCACUCUGUAAGCCAGUCAGCCCUGUCGUCUGUCUUAGAGGCCGAAUCCCCUCCACCAAAGACCCAAGCGCCUCCCCCGGCUCGCACCAGAAUCCCUGUAUCCAAGGUGCCGGUCCGUCGUUCUGGAAACAAAGCUGGCAGCAGAGGAACUGCCCACAAGAAGUAGUGUCUGUCAAACCGGUGGUUCUCUCCAACUAACGUAUGGACUUGAGUGCACAUCUCUACAGACGCAGAGCCAAAAGUUUUCCCAGACCGAGAAAUAUGUUGAGCUGUAGAGUUAACAGCCCAUAAAUUCCUCUCUCACUCUUAAAAGCACUCAUUCCUUAAGUGUUUUGGCUUACGACGAAUAGAAUAAGUGGUUUUGUUCACUUGAGAAAGUCACACGGAGACUCCAGAAAGCUGGGUUAACGCUUCACUGGCCCUCACACAGGAACUUUAGAGGCAGACUCUUGACAAUCCACAUAUUCGCAAUAGACAUAUUCGCCUUGUAACUUCCUGGAAAAACUCCUGACGUGCUGAGAGUUUGACGGCCACUUUGAUUCAACUCAUGACUGCACACUGCAAAAAAAGCAAAAAAACAAAAAAAAAAGCAAAGCACCUUUUUAUCUCUUACAUUUUUCUUAUGGAAUUCCACAUGACAUAACUCAAUUUGGACCUAAGGACCUAAUCUAAUCUAAAGCUUUUUUUUCCUCUCCUGAGUUUGUCAUCUUGUCUAAUCUGUAACAAAUUACCUCCUAAUCCUCUGAUCUUAGAGCCAAAGUUUAUAAAAAAGAAACAUUCUUCAUUUCACAGCCUCUAAUAGUCUGGAACAGACUCAACAAUAUCCACAGCCUGGGAUAACCCACUUUUUUUUGUUUGUUUUGCUGUUGUAUGUGUAUUUAGUUUUUUUUUUUCCGAAGAUGGUCUUCUUCUGACCGCACACUGAUAAUGAAACUGUCAGUGCAUAUAUGAAAAUGAAUACUGAGAUCUGAACUGGUUUUAUUACUUACCUACUUUGCAGCUAUAAAUGUGGCAAAGCUUCCCUGCAAAAGGCCACACGAUAUCUCAUGUUUUUUGAUGGGGGAGACCUCCGCUUUUUUCAACUGGUUAAUUUUUUAUUGUGGAAGUUUGGCUUCAGCCUGUUACAUUUGGACCUCACCUAUACCCCACUGCGUCACUGGAAGUACAUCCGUAGGAUGUCAAUCUCUGGGAUUUACAACCAUUGAAUUGCCAAUGGAAACCUGAAAAGCUAUCGCAAUACUCUACAUGGAGGGAUCCCUCGCACUGAUGCUUCAACACACACACACACACAUACAAACUCAUACAUGUGCACAAACAUUUUUCUCUCCCUCUCUGCAUGCAGUGCCACACAUACAAGGCACAAAGGUCAGGAACAUCAUCAUCAACACUGAAGGAUCUGAGAUUCACACACUGUUCAACCUUUGGCACUGUCUUUGUAGCUACACUGGAUGAUUUUCUUCUCUAAGGACACAUGCACAAACAACCAAUUUUUUUCUAGUUAGUACUUUCUUCUUCACUGGAUUUCAUACUGUUUUUAUAGGCUCCUCCUUGCUAAGUCAUAUUGCACGGAUCUUCAACUGUGAUUGCACCAGCUUCUUAAUAAUCUGCUUUCUGUUAUAGUUAAAUUUUCAAAGAAGUUAAAUGGGGGACUGAUGCUAAAACAGUCUAGGGUCCUCCACCCUUCUUUUCCUGGCUGUUGUACUUUGCUGUACAACCUCAUUCUAGGGACCACCAUAGCUGUGUGUGAGUCUGAAUGUAGCUUGAUCUUUGUAGGUCGAUGGUCAGCAUAUAUUUUCCUGUGUUGGUCUGUUUUCCUCUUUGUCCCUCUUUUGUGGGGGCAAGACAAAUGGUGGAGUUUACUGCCCCCCCCCCCCCCCCCCCCCCAUGUUCUGAAAAAUGAAGACAAACUACUGCACAGUGUGUGCAGCUUUGCAAAGCACCACUUGUAUUAAGAACGAGUGGGGUGUAUUGCAGUCCUAAAAGGCCUUUGUCAGUGAUUCAGUGAGAGAAGUUACAGGGAGCUGAGUGUUCCCUAACCUUUAGUGAAAGAGAGGGUUUUUCACAGGAAAAGACUUUAAAGAUUAUGUAAGUUUUCUCCUAAUCCCCCAACAAGCAGGGUACCAAUGACACUUGAGGGUCAUUCUAGUUCAUUAUACCUUUCCACUUCAUUUAGAAUGCGAUGAUUGAUCCAUGACAUUGCUCCUGGUUCAGAUAUCUUUUCAACCUCCUGAUGGUGUAGGCAUGGAACAGGUCACGGAGUAACCUGAUCUCAGGUCUGCAGUGAGGGUAUUUCUAACCACAUAAAAAGGGCAGGCUUAAGGUCAAUUGGAGAGCAGAGGAUGAUCAUGUCUGUUCAUGUUCUCUCUGCCUACACUGUGCUCUUUGCUCUUUUGAUUUAGUAUGCAAUUAUUCUCAUUUUCCCUUCCUCUGUGUUGCGGACGGGAUGGACAAAGGAGGAAUCAAAUGGAAGGAUGAUGACAGUAAUGAUGAAGGUAACUGGGAUGGACAACAAUUUAAAUCUUCACAGUAUUCCUGGUAAAAAUUAAAAAAGGCAGUGCUGAUGCUUGUGGCCUACUGACCAAAACAGUUGGCCAAGGAGUACACAAAUCAUAACUCCACAAAUGGGAAACCACUCUUUAACCAAUCAAAUUAUAUUAAUGAUCAGAUUAAGAGAGAGUGGAGAACAAUGAACUAGACAAGAAUCGAUCAUUACGCAACAGGUUUUGUUCAAAUACAGUGUCCUCCAUGGUUGAUGCCAUUCUGUUCCAUGUGCUGCAGUUUGGUGAGUCAGUAGAACUUAUUUCUCCACUUCUUCCAAAUAUGACAUUAUGAAAGAGUACCAUGAACCGGUCACACUGGCACUACACAGUAAUGACAUCAACCACUGCGUCCAGCAUACAGCCAUCUCAGCUGCUUGUAUUUAAAAAAAAAAUCCAGAUUGAUACUUCUCUUCUUUCUUUCUGAUUACAAAUCUGAGCCUUCAUGUGAUCAUUGCAUCGAAAAGCACAUUAUGUUUCUCUUCUUUUUGUUACCGUCUGUUCACAGUGUGAAAUCUUUCCACUUUUCAUAUUUAAUGAAUAAAACUGUGUUUGCGCUGA